GAGCUCAACAGUUUUCCUGGAUGCUUGCCUUCGUGACCGUUGGCUCUACCAAGUUUGAUCUGCUUGUACAAGCCAUUUUUUCUGAACCAGUCCUUCGUAUCUUACACGAGAAAGGAUACACUCGUCUUGUUCUUCAACGUGGUAACUCUCAGGUCGACUUCGUCGGGACAACAGAGAGCUUCACUGUGCAGAAACAUGGUGUAGAUAUCGAAAUAUGGAAAUUCAAACCCUCUCUACAGGAUGAUUAUAUGAGAGCAGAUUUGGUUAUAAGCCAUGCAGGGUCUGGCACCAUACUCGAUGUCUUACGCCUCGGGAAGCCCUUGAUAGUGAUACCCAACCCUUCUCUACUGGACAACCAUCAAGAAGAACUAGCCUCAGCUCUUGCUACUCUUGGUCACUUGAAAGCAACUCAUGUGUACGAUUUAUCGCAGGCAAUCGCAACGUUUGAGCCGUCUUCGCUCGUGCCCUUUCCAGCAUUUGAUGGCAGCAAGUUUCAAAAGUUGUUGGAUGAGGAGAUGGGCUUUUAAUAUACGAAUCCUGGGAGAUUAGUGUUAUAACACGCUACUACUACCAGUACUGCUGUGCAUGCGUCGCGGUGGUCGCGGUACUCUCAGAUUAAACCUUAUCGACACUCUUUAUCUUUGAUGAAUAUCUCGAACAAUGUCUUCCAAGGAUGUCAUUCGGGCUGCUGUUCUCGAUGAUCCCCAGUCACACGAAGAUGUGCACGUCCACGCGAUAUAUGAUAAGAUCGCGACACAUUUUUCUUCUACGCGCUACAAGCCAUGGCCCAUAGUAGCUCAGUUCCUUUCUGGACUUCCAACGGGCUGGAUUGGUCUAGAUUCUGGUACAGGAAACGGAAAAUACCUACCACUUCCCUAUGACCGCCCCGGAAGCGUGUUGACAAUCGGGCUUGAUAGGAGCCGCAAUCUCUUGCAUAUAGCAAGGACGGCAGGGCAGAAUCCCUCCCCCACCAGAGAGGUCGUAUGGGGAGACGUACUCGGGAACGGAUGGAGAUCUGGGGCCUUUGAUUAUGCCAUCUCGAUAGCGACUAUACACCACUUAGCAUCCUAUGAACGACGCCAAAUUGCUGUAGAGCGACUUCUCGAGUGCGUGUCACCAUCACAUGGCCGUAUUCUCAUCUACGUAUGGGCCAUCGAACAAGAUCAACUCUCUAAAAGAAAUGUUCCCCUGGAUCAUGAAGCCCUGAGUGAAUCCACAGAACCUAUAGUGGGGCAAGAUGUCUUUGUUCCAUGGGCUAUGACACCACAAAAUGUCAAGGCAAAAAUAACAAGCAACUCAAAACUUCAGGCUGGCAGCAGUGAUUCAUCAGACGGGCCAGAAACCUGUCCACCUCCUGUGUACAACCGUUACUACCACAUGUUCGCAAAAGGAGAGCUUACCAUGUUGGUCCGCGACGCUGCAAAAGCUCUAAAGAUCGAAGUGGGGGUGCCAGAAGAAUAUACAGAACCAGGAACGAGAGGGAUUACAGUCACGCAAGAUGGAUGGGAGAGAUCGAAUUACUACGUAGAACUGAGGUGCUGGGAAAUAUGAUUCCUUUGAAUAAUGGCUGGAUCUCAAUUGUAGACGUUCAACAACUCGCCCAUUGA